AUGUCCUUCCAGCUGAACUUUUACAAAGACCAUCUCAUCAACAAACUCUGCGGAGCGAAAGACAGAGCCUCUGCCGUUCUCAGACAACUCGACAAUUGUGAAGUCAAGCUCAAUAUCAUAUCCUCAACGAACCAAACUGAGCACGAUAGCAAGAUGCCUCACAAGAACAUGGUCCGCAGCCGUUCCAGAUCCAAGUGCAGGACUUCCUGCUCUCAUUCACACGAGAGGGAGAGAUUUUACAAGGAGAAGCCACGCUACAUCUUAAAUUGGGACGACGAUGAGUCUGACGACGACUCUGUCUGCUCCUGCGACGACAACUGCCAUUCGACUCGAGGCCGAUCACCCUUCCCAGUCUAUAUAGACGGCCGCAACACUAGUCAGCAAAACAUCCAGAUCCACGGCGGUGGUGCCAGAGAUAUCCACAAGCAGCACCGUGGACGAUUCCGACGUCGUCCUCGCGGCAUCCUCGUCAAUUGUGAUGAUGGCUGUAAAUGUGGCGGGUUCAGUGGUUACAGACGUCCUUGUCAUCCAGACUAUAUCAAAGUUGCCCCAGCCUCGCGAGCGCCACAGGAAUAUCACAUGAUCUGCAACGAGGAUGGCAAGGUCGACCUUUACGAGCGUGAGAAACUCAAUAGGCACAUCUUUGAUCAAUUCAAGGCCAUCGAGAAAGCACAGAAGGAGGAGAAAGAGGCAGCGAAGAAAGUUCAGAACGAUGCAGUCGAUCUUGCCCUCCUCGAUUCGGUUGUGGUGGAGGAUGCGGAUUGUGGUCGUGUGGAUGCAAUGGUCUUGGAGGAAGUUAUGGAAGCUCUAGGUCAGCAGAAGCAAUUCGGUCUGAGUUGGCGAAGCUGA